AUGGAGCUGCCCCAUUCAUUAGCACAGAAGCAGAGGCAGCUGCUGAAGGCAACUAACCUGGAUGACAGAUUUUUGCUGCACUUUAAUAUAAACUCCAAAUACCUGGCUGUUCAUGCAAUUGUUCUUCUGGGACAAAACAGCACCAACUUUAGCAUGGAACACACUCCCCCAGAGGAGGUCCAGGGUCUGCAGCCUAAUGGUGAGGAGAUGAUGCUCAAACAGUUUCCUGACUACUUUAAGACAGAGCAUAAAUUGGAGAUCACCAUGCUGUCCCAGGGUGUGUCCAUGCUCUACUCCUUCUUUGUGCCAGCUGCCAAGCUCAAGGAAUGGUUGGAUCAGCUGAUGACAGAGAUUGUAAGCCAUGUGUGGAAGCGAAAACUGGGCCGCCAUGUGCGGGCACUGGUGCUUGAGCUGUGCUGCAACGACGAGAGCGGCAAGGACAUUGAGGUUCCCUAUGUACGAUACACCAUCCACUGA